AGGGGUUUAGUCGAGUUGGCGCAUUGUCACACACAGAUGUGCCUCUUUACCCUGACACAACACCGUGACGGACUCAAACUCAAGACCCACAGUCACUCAGGUUACAUUCACAAGGCGUAUAACAGCCCCGAGAGUCCUGUCAGAUUGUGUACCGCUCGAGCCCAACUUCCAGAAGCCACUUUCCUAAUUCUCCAACCAAGCCUUAUCGUCCGCAACGUGUCCGCGGAGCAUACAGCUGAUCUAGCAGAAUAAAUAUCGGAGAGAGCCCGGGUCGGGACUAGGGAAAGCUGUCUUCUCCUCACAAGCAUAGGUUUAUUCGCCUUUUUUUCCCGAAGACGCUGUCAGCGAUUUCCCUCGGCAUCUCCUGGUUCACAUUUUGGAAAGGGGACAGUCGUGCCUCUGCCUGCAUUAAUAUCCUGAGACCGACGGUGUGUUCCAAAGCAACGUAUUCUGUUCUGCUCUGACAAGGAACGUAUUUUCUCAGUGAACCAGACAGUGUUAAUUUCUUAGGAUCAAAACCUGAAACGAAGACGCGUCUCCGUUUUCAAUCAAAUGUCAUACAACUGUUAUUGCGCACGAGUCAAUACUUUUCUUGCGGGGACGACGCCGACUUUUUAAUUACUUCAGACUGUAAUAUAUCAGGGGAGAAGUCCCCCACUUGAGGGCGAAAUCAGACAUUCGAGGACGGCAAGUUCGAGAGCGCCAGGACCCGGGUCUUCCAUAUACAACAUGCAGACAUGUCCGAGGAGGCAGGGUUGGAUGUGAGAGGCAGCAGCGAGGAGAGAAGCAGCCAGGCGCCCAGAGACCCGGAAAGUGAGAGGGCACCAGAGUCCACCCUGAGCGGCACCGCCAACCCCCCGACUACCACCUCUACCAGCAGCAUCACCUCCAACCAGCACCACAACAACAGCGCUAGCCCCACAGCCGUCUCCAGCAGUAGCAGUAGCGGUGGCUCCAGUGGUGCCAUAGGUGUUAGCAUAGUUAGCCGCAGCGCUAAGGGAGCAGAGGGGAGGUCCUCCAUGCAGUUCAGCACCAGACCUCCCAGUGCUGAGCCUGGCUUCAUGGGGACAUGGCAGCAACAGAGCACUGACCAGAGCAACCUCCUCUUCAGAAUGUCCCAGCAGGCGGGUGCUGUAACGCGGCUUCCUCUGAAGUGCGACAGGUCGACUAUGGGCCGAGACCUUACGGACGAGGUACAGUCGCUUCUAUAGCUUGACAUGUUUCUCCUAUCUCCUCAGUAUUGUUACAGCAUCUGAGAUGCAGGCAUGCAGCGGUAUUUGAUCCCAAUACAAGCAAUAGGUGGAUUAACACAUCAGAAAUGUUAGUGGAAAAUAUAAACUAUAGUAAUUAUAUAGGUUAUUAUUAUACCUAAUAUAUGUUAAUAAUGGGCCAAGCAUGAACACAAUGGUAUAAUAAUAAUACUCUAUUGUAUUAUUUUUUUGCUAUUAAAAUAGUUCAGCAAUUUUCUAAAUAUGCCAUUAUACUUUAUUACUGUUAUUAUUGUUGAGUGUUAUUUCAUGUUUGAAAUGCCAGGUGCAUGGCCUAUAGCAGAGGAUUCUAGCAGAACUCAUGGCCUAUAGCAGAGGAUUCUAGCAGAACUCAUGGCCUAUAGCAGAGGAUUCUAGCAGAACUCAUGGCCUAUAGCAGAGGAUUCUAGCAGAAC